AUGCGUCUGAACGCCGAGGGGCUUGGUAGUGGUGGCACAGAGCUCAUAAACCACCUUGAGGAGAUGACCAGCAUGCCCACGCCAUACCGAGAAGCGAACACCGCACCUGCAGCGAUUGCGACACGAAAGCCGUUCGUAUUCGACGCUGAAGACGGCGGACCGCAUGUUCUUGACUGCGGCCUGCCACGCAGCUGUGCCGUGCGCAGCACAGCAAGCAAGCGGUACAACAGUGCGAUGAAAAUAUAA